AUGUUAGUGUCUUUUUUGUGUUUCUUCUGUUUUCUUUUUUUCUUCAUUCUAACUCUUCCUCUUUUAUUUUUCUUUCUCUUCCUUCUUUUUUCUUCAUUCUUUCUCUUCCUUCUUUUUUCUUUUUCUUACGUUUCCUUCCUUCUUUUUUCUCCAUUCUUUGUCUUCCUUCUUUUUUCUUUCUCUUUCUUCUUUCUUUUUUCUUCAUUCUUUCUCUUCUGUCUUUUUUUCUUCAUUCUUUCUCUUCUUUUUUUCUUUUUUUCUUCAUUCUUUCUCUUCUUUCUUUCUUUUUUCUUCAUUCUUCUCUUUUUUCUUCAUUCUUUUCUUCCUUCUUUUUUCUUUAUUCAUUCUCUAUCUUCUUUUUUCUUUUUCAUAAUUUUCCUUCCUUCUUUUUUCUUCAUUCUUUCUCUUCCUUCUUUUUUCUUUUUCUUACUUUUCCUUCCUUCUUUUUUCUUCAUUCUUUCUCUUUUUUCUUCAUUCUUCUCUUCCUUCUUUUUUCUUCAUUCAUUCUCUAUCUUCUUUUUUCUUUUUCAUAAUUUUCCUUCCUUUUUUCUUCAUUCUUUCACUAUCUUCUUUUUUCUUUUUCAUAAUUUUCCUUCCUUCUUUUUUCUUCAUUCUUUCACUAUCUUCUUUUUUCUUUUUCAUAAUUUUCCUUCCUUCUUUUUUCUUCAUUCUUUCUCUUCCUUCUUUUUUCUUCAUUCUUUCUCUAUCUUCUUUUUUCUUUUUCUUACUUUUCCUUCCUUCUUUUUUCUUCAUUUUUUCUCUUCUUUCUUUUCCUUCAUUCUUUCUCUUCUUUCUUUUUUCUUUAUUCUUUCUUUUACUUCUUUUUUUUCGUUCUUUCUCUUCCUUCUUUUUUCUUUUUCUUACUUUUCUUUCCUUCUUUUUUCUUCAUUCUUUCUCUUCUUUCUUUUUUCUUCAUUCUUUCUCUUUCUUAUUUCUUUUUACUUCAUUCUUUCUCUUUCUUCUUUUUUCUUUAUUUUUCUCUUUCUUCUUUCUUUUUUCUUCAUUCUUUCUCUUCUUUUUUUUUUUCUCUUCCUUCAUUCUUCAUUCUUUUUCUUCCCUCUUUUUUCUUCAUUCUUUCUCUUACUUCUUUCUUCUUUCUUUCUCUUUCUAUUCAUUCUUUCUUUUUUCUUCUUUCUUUCUUUCUUUCAAACAUCGGUUCCCAUACGUCACCAGACUUAA